UUUGCCUCUUGUUGCCCUCAGACCCUCACGACCCCAGACCCUCUCUUGGUCAAACCUUCCUGCUCUUUUCCCUCCGUUUGCUUUUCAUCCAUCCGUUCUCCUGUAUCUCAACCCAACCUGCCACGCCCUCAAAUCUCUCAUCCUUCGACACGUUGACAGGAGCCCGCUCGCUGGUGCCAGUAAAAGUGCCGCAUCGAGCACGGCCCCCUUUACAUAAUCAUCCACGCGGAUCGGGAACGCUGGCAAUCCAUCGUCGAUCGGUCAAGGGGCAGCGCCGCAGUGGUCGGUCGUUCGUUCGCAAGAGUCCAAGCCAUCAGGGCCAGAAGAACAACAAAGAAACACACCACGCUCUCACAGACCACCGCAUCGGGACAGCCCCGUAGUCCGUGACUCGGCGCACCCCCCUGGCAGCCUGGAUCCCGUCUCGGUGCCGUUGUUUUCCUGCUGGGCUUAACUGGCUUUACUGCCACGGCUGGAUCUUGACUCCCCCCCCGUCGUCCCCUUUUGUCCCCAAACGUCAGCGGCUUUAACGCUGCGCAUCCGCCAAAUACCUCGACUGGGAACUCGAACUUGUCCUCAAAAGACGGUCGACUGAUUCCUCACCUCUCUGGAACCUGUUCACCAUUGUUCCCAUUGUUAUUGUUAUCAUUAUUGUAAUUAUUUUCAACCCAUCUCCCCUAUUCCCCAGUCCAUCAUUUUCACCAACCACCUCACCUCGAAAAAUCCCCGACCACCGACCGAGGCCAACACAAUGCACGCCACGACCCUCUGUUGACCGCCCUGUACAAAAACAACAACACCACCUUCAACCCACUCCUUGGUUGAUUUCCACUCCUUCACCCACUUGUACCAGAAUUCUACACGACCAUGGCUUCACCCAUACCUCCCGAUCCCUAUGUGGCCUUGGGUGUUUCCAAGGAAGCUGAUCUCUCUACCAUCCGCUCCGCUCACCGGAAACUCGCUCUCAAGUACCACCCUGAUCGAAUAAAGGAUGAAGCUCUGAGAGAAAAAGGCAAAGAUGAAUUUCAGAAGAUCCAGGAGGCCUAUGAGAUCCUCAGCGACCCUGCCCGCAGGCAACGGUAUGAUGAUCAGGUGCGGUUAGCAGAGCUUCGAAAGGAGUCCAUGAUGAGAGAUCCGCCACCGUCGAGCACAACCACUCGCACCUAUCCCAUGAGGCCUGCACCGCAAGCAGCCACAUCUCAACCCCGUGAUUACAACGACCAAGGAAACUACUUUGAGGAAGUCCGCCAACCGCGCGAUUCCUAUGAAUACCGCGACCCUUAUGAUGACAAACCUCCACGAGCAACCUCGCGAAAGUAUGCCGAGUUUGAACGACGCCCCGCCCCGCCUCCCAAGACCUCCGAGAAAUCUAGAAAACCCACGGGUGUCUGGCCUGGCAUGCCUGCAGCAAUGGCAGCUGGCAAGUUCAAGGCUCAAGCAGAGAAGAUCAGGAACAGCAAAGCAGACGAGAAGAGAAAUGACAAGGAGAAGAGGCGGGAAAGAACGGACAAGGCACAGACCAGGAGACCCGCAAACUUCGAGGGCACAGACAGCGAUUCUGAUUACACCGAAAUUCGCCCCUCGAUGAAAUCAUCUCGGUCCAAGACCACCUCGGCUUUCGAUCGUCCUUCGGAGAGACCUCGACCAAGCCCACGGGCCGAACGGUCUCGCGACUUGGAAGAGGAGAGCUUUGAUGAGAAAUGGGAACGACAUCACGAGGAGAGCAAGGCCUAUAUGGCCAAAGCGAACAACCGCCCUAGUCUGGAUCGCAAUGGAUCAGAUGCCUAUCAGUACUGGAUCGGAGAGUCCAAGGGCAGCGGCCGCAAGAGUGGCUCGGACAAUGAAAAGAGACCCGGGUCGUCCAAGGGCCGACGGACACUCCCAGAUGACUACUUUCCACCAUCUUUCACCAAAUCUACAACCUCUCCGUCCAACCUCCGAGCUCAUGUCGAAGAGCGUAUCCCGUCGAGACCCACGACGCGGGAGCGUGAAAGGGAGCGUGAACGAGACCAUGACCGAGAGCGAGAGCGGGAGCGGGAACGGGAACGGGACCGAGAUCGUGGCGACCACCGAAGACCCCCGCCUGGCCUGCAUCGUUCUCAGACUACACCGAUUCCCAAAGUAUCGUCAUCGAGAAAGGACAGUGCACCGGCCAAAGGCUCCAACUUGAAGCAUGGCGAGACAACAAUGCACGACUCUGGAUAUGGCAGCAGUUCCAGUCCGCACACGCCUGAGAUGCGGGAAGAGAGCCCGCCUAGGUCGGGCAAAUCGCGAUAUCCUUCGACAACGUCAACCAAGUAUCAAAUCGUCGAUCCGGAUCCUGACGCUGAUGACUACGGACGAGCCCCAAGGUUGCGGGAGGUGUACGGCGAGUACGACGACCGCUCCCACAGGAGGUAUCACCACAGCCCAGAACCCAUUGUGGUAGAGCCGUCACGGGACUCUGACCGCAGAAAGGAGAGACCGGAGCGCCCCCGGGUUGAUACCAAGAAAUCUCGCGGCGCUGCCAUGAUGCAGGACUUUAUCCCACCUUCCCCUACCAUGCGACGAAGCGAUUCUGCACGAUACGAGGAGAGACAAUCCCCACGGUCUCCCCGUGACACGCCACCUAUCUCGCGCAACAACAGCGGCCGGGAGAAAUCAUUUGGCGAGACCCUCGAAGACCGAGAGCCCUCGAGAUACACCCGACCGUAUCCCACGGACAAAGUCCACAUAACCCCUCGUCGAGAACCGCAAUAUUCACAGUACGAGUAUCGCGAACCCGAUGACCGAUCUCGGUUCCGCGACGCUCCCCGAAUGACACCACGGCGGCCGUCGGUGAAUGCAUACUAACGAGCCGAUGACUUUUUGCAUGCCCUGUUGGGCAGGGCCUCGUCAGUAACCGACACAUUCCUCAGCUCGACCCCCUUCCGCUGGGGACAAACUUUCGCAAACCUUCUCUCACGUACAUAUCAGGAACGAGUCCACUCAUGGUCAUCUUUGGAUUCGUUGCCUUUGUCUAAAUACAAGCUUGUCGGGUGACGAUUGGGACCGGAUGGGGCGGGAGAGGGAAGGGCACGGUUGAAUGGAUAUGAAGAGACAUAUGGAUCAGCAUCCGAAUAAUAUGCAUCCUGAAGGAGGGUUCAAACAGACAUAUAUCCCAGGUCGACAGGACUUAUCGGAACCUACACCACCACAUGUGUAGCGCCAGCCUUGAACAAAGGAAAGGAAUUUGUCUGGGUUUUAGAGGAUCGGAUUGUAUAGCUCGUAUUAUAUGACAAAUAAUUCCCCAGUGGGAAUUGACGAAAUGAUGAACCAAAUUGAGCAUAGAAAAAAAAGUAAUCCAUAUGG